AUGGAUAUGCUUGACCAGGCUCCUGCGGAGCCCAUUGCGAUCGUUGGAAGUGCCUGUCGCUUCCCUGGCGGUGCUACAUCCCCUGCGAAGCUUUGGAAGUUGCUCAGAGAACCUCAAGAUGUUCUCAGUGAAAUUCCUGAUAGUCGAUUCAACACGAAAACAUUCUAUCACCCUGAUGGUAUCCACCAUGGCACAACCAAUGUGCGUCACUCGUAUCUAUUGUCCGAUGAUCAUCGGUUGUUCGACGCUCAAUUCUUCGGAACGAAACCAAUCGAGGCAAAUUCUAUUGAUCCUCAACAGCGCCUGCUGCUAGAGACUGUAUAUGAGGGUCUCGAGUCCGCAGGUAUUCCGAUGGAAAAGCUACAAGGCUCGAACACCGGCGUCUACGUCGGAUUAAUGACGAACGAUUAUGCCGAUAUGCUAGGGAGGGAUGUUCAAAACUUCCCUACUUACUUUGCGUCUGGAACGGCAAGAAGUAUCUUGUCAAACCGCGUGUCGUACUUUUUCGACUGGCAUGGUCCUUCUAUGACCAUUGACACGGCUUGUUCCUCUAGCCUUAUCGCUCUCCACCAAGCAGUAUUGAGUUUGAGGAACGGGGAGAGCAAUGUGGCAGUGGUGGCGGGAACAAAUCUUCUUCUCGGGCCCGAGCAAUACAUCGCAGAAAGCAAAUUGAAGAUGCUUUCCCCUACCGGUCGCUCGCGGAUGUGGGACAAAGACGCAGACGGAUAUGCCCGAGGUGACGGAAUCGCUGCUGUUGUGCUCAAACCUCUCAGCCGUGCGCUUGCGGACGGUGAUCGCAUCGAAUGCCUUGUCCGCGAGACUGGUAUCAAUCAAGAUGGUCGCACGAAAGGAAUCACUAUGCCCAACCCGGUUGCGCAGGCAAAUCUAAUCCGUGAGACAUAUACUCGAGCCGGACUUGACUUGUCACAAGCUUCCGAUCGGCCUCAAUACUUUGAAGCCCAUGGAACUGGAACACCGGCAGGAGACCCCGUCGAAGCUCAGGCGAUCAGCACGGCAUUCUUUGGUCCAGAGGCAAAUUACCACCGGGAAAGUCCCGAGGAGUCGCCCUUGUACGUUGGAUCUAUCAAGACCGUGAUUGGGCACACUGAGGGGACAGCUGGCCUGGCCGCAGUGAUGAAGGCGUCUCUUGCUUUACAGCACGGUGUCAUCCCUCCUAACCUUCUUCUGAACGAGCUCAACCCAGCAGUAAAACCUUUCUAUAACGAUCUCGAAAUUCUUCAGCAGGCUCAGAAGUGGCCAGAAACAACUAAAGGAGCCCCACGACGUGCGAGUGUCAAUAGCUUUGGAUUUGGUGGUGCGAAUGCUCAUGCAAUUUUGGAGUCUUUCGACAACCAUCGCGUGUUUUCUGACACAAGCGAUCUCCAAAGCAGCGGUCUUUUACCGUUCAAUUUCUCUGCGAAUUCUGAGAAAUCUUUGACAGCUACUUUGCAAAGCUUUGCAGCCUAUCUCAGAGCAACGCCUGGUGUCGACCUUCGUGACUUGUCCUGGACUUUGAACACCCGCAGGUCAACUCUACCGUUCAGGAUAUCGCUCACAGGCUCCGAUGCAGCUGAGCUUGCAACAAACAUUGAAAGGGCCGCCCAGUCAUCGUCGGAUAUCCUACCAUCGAGCAAAACAACUUCGGUGAAAGAACCAAAAAUAUUGGGGAUUUUUACUGGACAAGGGGCUCAGUGGGCAAGGAUGGGGGCGACAUUAUUAUCAAGCUCGCACAUGGCUUCCGCCUGCAUUUUCGACCUUGACUUGGCCCUUCAAACUCUUCCCGAACAGGACCGACCAAGCUGGACUCUCCGCGACGAGAUCUUGAAGGAUUCAAAGUCAUCGCGAAUUGGAGAGGCUCUGUUCUCCCAGACACUUUGCACUGCUGUUCAGGUAAUGCUUGUGCAGCUUUUGUCAGCAGCUGGUAUUUCCUUUACAGCCGUGGUUGGUCAUUCAUCUGGUGAGAUUGCCGCAGCAUACGCGGCAGGCUAUAUCUCGGCAAGUGACGCUAUCAGAAUUGCAUAUUAUCGCGGCUGGUCCUUACAGCACGCCGUUGACGGUCAAGGAGCCAAGGGAGCUAUGAUGGCUAUUGGAACAUCAUUGGAAGACGCCCAAGAACUUUGCGACAUGCCAUCUCUAAAGGGUCGUAUCUGUGUGGCGGCGGCAAAUUCGUCGGCUAGUGUCACACUUUCUGGAGAUUCUGACGCCAUCGAAGAAGCCAAAGAGAUAUUCGAGGACGAGAAGAAAUUCGCUCGCUUGCUCAAAGUUGAUAAGGCCUACCACUCGCACCAUAUGCUACCUUGUGCUGCGCCUUAUAUUUCUGCCAUGCAGAGAUGCGGCCUCAAAAUCCAAGCUGGAACGGCGCGAAAGACUGCAUGGAUAUCAAGUGUCUACGUCCAAAACAUCGACGAUGUCACCGACAAUUUGUCGGACAUCUAUUGGAGCAAUAACAUGACAAAUGCAGUUAUGUUCUCUCAGGCUGUGAGUCAUGCCAUUGCUGCGCAUGGGCCUUUCGACAUGGGUCUGGAGAUCGGUCCUCAUCCUGCAUUGAAGGGACCGGCACUCCAGACGAUCCAGGAUAUUUCUGGAAGCUCAAUCCCUUAUAGUGGUCUCCUUUCCCGUGGAAAGUGUGAUAGGCGGUCAUUUGCAGCUGCUCUUGGUGCUCUCUGGGCCAACCUUGGUGAGCAUGCUGUAGACUAUGCAGCUUUCGACAAAAGGAUACAUGGGGACGCUCGCUGGCCCAGGCUAUUGAAAGACUUACCAUCUUAUGCAUGGGAUCAUGAUCGCAUCUAUUGGCACGAGUCCCGAAUUUCCAAUACCUCACGUGUUGAUGGUGGGGAGUUUCAUCUUCUCUUGGGCACAAGAUGUCCCGACGGCACGAACGAGGAGCUCCGAUGGCGGAACUAUCUCAACACACGUGAGAUUCCAUGGCUUACGCACCAUCAAGUGCAGGGACAAAUCGUGUUUCCUGCUGCCGGUUACGUGUCGGCUUUGACAGAGUGCUUGGUUCAGCAAUACGGAAUCGACUCUAUCCAUCUCAUUGAGCUUGAGGACUUCAUAAUCGGACAAGCUUUGGUUUUGGAAGAGAAUGUCAGCACUGAAGUUGUCUUUACAAUUACCGUGUCUGAGAGUAGUCGCGAUUCUCUGAGGGCAGCCUUCAAAUGCUAUUCAGGGGGUGUCAAAGGAUCCUCGUCGCUGUCACUUCACGCUUCUGCCCAAGUUCAUGUUUUACUAGGCAAGUCUGACACCGCGGCUCUGCCCUCGAAUUCCAACUCCCAUUUGUCCUUCCUGCAGGUCGAACAAGAUCGAUUCUACAAUUUUGUUUCUGACCUGGGCUUUGGUUACACGGGGCCCUUCCGUGGCCUCACCGACUUGACUCGAAAAAUGGAUGAAUCGAAUGGGAUGAUUAUAGUCCCCAAUAAUGAUGGCCCCGAGAAGCCAUUAUUGGUACAUCCAGCAACACUGGAUUGUGCCAUACAAGCCAUUAUGCUGGCUUAUUCUUUCCCUGGAGAUGGACGCUUACGUUCUCUUUAUCUUCCAACGAGAAUUGAUUGUUUGAGAAUCAAUCCGACACUGUGCCUGGCUAUGGCGGGUCCUGGCUCGCGUGUGCCUUUUUCUGCUUCAGUUGCACACGCCAAAUUCGCUGAGCUCUCGGGAGAUGUCGACAUCUUUUCUUCUGACGGGAAUAACACAAUAAUUCAGCUUCAAGGACUCCACACCACUCCUCUAACACCGCUCUCUGAGUCAACGGAUGUUCCGAUGUUUACUGAGAUGACGUGGGCACCAGAGGAUCCUGCAUGUUACGGGAAGGAAGAUUCGAAUACAGCUCAAAGUGAAGAUCGCAACCAGGCGCUGGAGCUGGAAAGACUGGCUUUCUACUACCUGAAGCGCCUAGCCAGCUCAAUCACGACUGCGCAAAGAUCGCAAGUCGCAUCCCAUCAUGCUCACCUCCUAUCCUUUGCUGAUCAUUGUGUCGCUCUCGUCAAAUCGGGGCGUCAUCCGUUCGCGGAACAAGCUUGGAUCAAUGACGAAGAGGAGCUCGCACAUGAUAUUCUCAAACAAUUGGGAAACAACCAUGAUUCCAAGAUACUACAGGUUGUUGGGGAGAGCCUUCCAGCAAUUGUCCGCGGCGAAGUCAACAUUCUCGACAUUUUCAUGAAGAACAACACACUCGGUCGCUUCUACGAGGAGACCCUUGGAAUCGGGGCGUAUUUGGCCGAAUUAGGGCGUAUUGCUGGUUCAAUUGGAAACAAAUACCCGCACAUCAAUGUUCUUGAAAUUGGAGCUGGCGCUGGAGAAGCAACAACAGCCGCCCUUAAUGGGCUUGGUACUGCUUUUGCGUCCUAUACGUACACUGAUUUCAUGGAGACUUGGCUAGAACGUGCCCAAGAUAAGUUCCAGGCCAGACAGGCCAAUAUGGCCUUCAAGAUUCUUGACAUUGAAAAGGAUGUUGUAGAACAAGGUUAUGGUCAGAACUCAUAUGACUUGGUCAUCGCAUCUCUGGCUCUUUACGCGACGUCCAAUAUUAAGCGCACGAUGUCUCACAUUCACAGCUUGAUCAAACCAGGCGGUUAUCUGCUUAUACUCGAGCUGAUUGACCUAAUGAUAAUGCGGUUCGGUGCAGUACUUGGCGGCUUGCCUGGUUGGUGGCUUGGGCGCAAUGAGGGACGGGAGCUGUCGCCUACUAUUUCUCUGGAUGAGUGGCACAAUGUGAUGACAAAAACCGGGUUCUCUGGCAUUGACCAUUCAAAGACCCAUGACUCGAGUCGGCUCGUUCCAUUUUCCGUCAUGUUAACCCAAGCGGUUGAUUCGCGUAUUAACUUUCUGCGGAACCCUCUCGCCCAGAGUCCCGAGAAAGUUCAUGUUGAAUCACUGACAAUACUUGGUGGCAAAACUCCAGUCUCCUCGAAAAUGAUUCAAUAUCUUAAAACCUCCGUCGGGGACCACUUCGAACAAAUUAAGUGCUACAGCGAGCUUGCUGAGAUCAACGCCGAAGAGAUUCCUUUCAUGGGGACGGUGCUGAGCUUUACAGAGCUUGACACGCAAGUCUUCCUCAAUCUGACUUCUCGGGCCUUGCAGGGCUUCCAGGAACUUUUCAGGAAAAGCAAAAAUGUACUUUGGGUUGUGCACGGAGCUCAAGGUGCGAACCCAGGGGGUAACCUUUUCAGAGGGAUUCAACGAACGCUUGCCAUGGAAAUGCGUCAUUUAAGAAUCCAAUCUUUGAACUUCGGCUCUUUAGACGAGGUUGACAAUGCUUUGAUCGCGAAACAACUUCUGCAAUUGACGGCUACGGGUCUCUGGGAGGGGGAUGAUCGACUUCACGAUCUCCUCUGGUGCACAGAGCCUGAGCUAUCCUUUCAGAACGGAGCAAUGCUCAUACCGAGAAUCAAAAUGAACCGAUGUCGGAAUGAUCGAUACAAUUCUGCGAAACGCCUCAUUCUAAAAGAACUUGAUCGUGAAUCUGUGUCGGUUGCAAUCUCAAGGGCCAGAGAUUACGAGCUUUCUGCGACAGAAAUUAUCAAGACUUCUGGGCAUUGUGAUUUGACUAAAAUCCAGGUCACGCACUCGCUACUCCGCUCUGUCAGAGUCGACAACGACAGCUUUCUUUUUGUCGUAGCAGGCAAAGAGUGUGAGAAUGAUACAUAUGUCGUAUCUCUGGCAAAGGAGAUAAAAUCGCACAUCAUUGUGCCUUCUAAGUGGAUCCUUGCUAGAGCAGCACCAGAGAGAGAUGCAAGGCAGUCAUUGCUUUCCACCUACGUGAGCCUUUUUACUCGUUCUGUCCUUCAUGGUAUGGUACCUGGAUCAGUACUGGUGGUUCUAGAACCCGAUUUCUCGAUAGCAACAGCUAUGAUUCAUCAAACCCGUCGUGUGGGCAUUCAGCUCGUACUCGUCACCUCAAAGGACCGCAACUGCUCUCUUCCUUGGGUUUAUGUUCAUCAUCGCGCAACUCGACGUGAACUAUACAACAAAAUCCCAGGGUCUGUCACCAGAGUGUUUAACGCCGGUGCUGAUGACCUUCUGGCAAAGACUAUCACUCAGAUUCUCAACACAUCAUGCCCGCUUAUAGCAGAGAAUGACCUCACACGUCAAGACUCCCAUCUCUCGUCUCGACUGGACUCAAACCUGUUCACGCUUGAAAUGCUAAAGACGGACUUGAAAUUUGAUCUUGAUCAAGCCCUAUCGAACCCAAGAAGGAUUCCAGAUAUCACUUUACGUGGUCUGAUAGAAGCCCAGGAUUUGACGGAGCAACACAUCGUCAUCUGGGACACCACCCUUCUCCCGAUUCAAGUCAAACCCGCAACCAAGACUGUCAGGUUCCCUGGCAAUAAGACAUACUGGCUUGUUGGCUUGACUAGUGGCCUUGGCUUGUCUCUUUGUGAGUGGAUGGCUUUUCAAGGUGCAAAAUACAUUGCACUCUCGAGUCGGAACCCCCAGGUAGAAGGCUCGUGGAUACAGAAAAUGGCCGCCGUUGGCUGUACUGUGAGAGUUUUCGCAAAUGAUAUUACCGAUCGUGAAUCCAUCGAAAACACCCACGGUCAGAUUGUUCAGAGCAUGCCACCAAUUGGCGGUGUAGCGCAGGGUGCCAUGGUUCUACAGGACACAAUGUUCCUUGAUCUCAAUCUCGACCGUUUCAAUUCUGUUCUACGGCCGAAGGUUCAGGGAAGCAUUCUGCUUGAUGAGCUCUUCUCUGAUGAUUCUUUGGAUUUCAUGAUCUUUUUCUCGUCAAUGGCCGCAGUUACAGGUAAUCCUGGCCAAGCUCCCUAUAACGCUGCUAAUAUGUUCAUGGCCAGUUUGGCUGCACAGCGUCAACAGCGUGGCCUAGCUGCUCAUGCCAUCAAUAUUGGAGCCAUUGUUGGUAACGGAUACGUGACUAGGGAGCUUAACAUGUCGCAGCAGAACUAUCUUUACAAAGUGGGCCAUACAUGGAUGUCAGAACAAGACUUCCGAGAGAUAUUCGCCGAGGGUAUUUUGUCGUGUUUACAGCGUGAUCAUGCGGCCGACAUUUGCAGUGGCCUUAGAAUCGACGACGAUGAAAGCAAAGAUUGGGUCACUAAUCCGAUUUUCCAGCAUCUCGUGGUCAAGUCUAAUGCGAUAAUUGAGAAUGACAAGAAAGGAAAGACGUCUGUCAUGAUAAAAGCCAGAUUGCUUGAAGCAACUACCAGGGCUGACGUGAUGGAAGCUCUGCAAGAUGGGUUCACCGUGAAGCUGCAAUCCGCUCUUCAACUUGAUCCGACUAAACCGAUUCUCGACAUGAGCCCCGACGAGCUGGGUGUUGACUCACUCAAUGCUGUCGACUUCCGCUCCUAUUUCCUGAAGGAGCUGAGGGUUGACGUUCCAGUCCUGAAAAUCUUCAACGCUGGAUCAAUUCAUGAACUGCUCAAAUUUGUUUCGAGCUGCAUUCCAUCGUCGCUGAUUCCGAACAUCAAGCAAUCCGAUGAAGAGCAUUCUAAAGAUCCACAGCUUCCCAUGCCAGCAGUUUCUGCUGAUUCCCUGGAGAAAGAAGUUCCCUCUUUGCCAGUGCUGAACGAAGAGGAUGCCGAUGAAGCAAAGUUAUUCCAACUAAACUACUAUCCACCUCAAAACCAAGCGGGCAGUGUUUUGUCAAUUUUCGUCAAAGCCGAUGACUCAAGCUCAGAUCAGGAUGGAGACAGCUCUUCGCAGACAUCAGUUGACAACGAUUCGCAAAGCGAUGACAAAACAGCAAUCGAGCGUAUUGCUCCGAUGUCAUUUGGACAAUCGCGCUUCUGGUUUCUAAGAUCUCUUGUGCCAGAUGAGACAGCUUUUAACGUCACGCCCACAUUUGAGCUGCGUGGGGAAUUAGACAUUGCACGAUUUUCGCAAGCUGUCGAAGAUGUUUGCCAGCAUCACGAAGCUCUUCGUACAUUCUUCUUUACUGACGCAGCCAAGAAGCACAUGCAAGGAGUUCUUAGACGAACGCAGGUCUGCCUUGAGCAUGUUCAUAUCCAAAGUCAAAUGGACGUUGAUUCUGCCGCUGAAAGAAUGAAAGGGCAUAUCUUUGAUAUAUCCGAUGGUGACGUGAUGCGUAUUCAACUCCUCACCAUUGCGCCCGACCAUCACUGGUUACUUUUUGGCUUUCACCACAUCAACAUGGAUGGCGUCAGCUUCGAAAUUCUUUGGACACAGUUCGAGGCUGCCUAUCAGGGUACUUCGAUUGCAAGGAACGCAAUCCAGUAUCCUGAUUUUGCUAUACGCCAGAUUCAAGAAUAUGAAGAAGGCGUUUGGUCAGAUGACUUGGAGUAUUGGCGCAGCGAAUUCACCACCAUUCCACAGCCAAUUCCACUACUCCCCUUUUCUCGUCAGCCAACGCGUCCCUCAAUAUCGGGAUACUCUACAAUUCGCGCCCAGCUUCGCAUUGGUGUGGAUCUCUCACGACAAAUCGAGACCUGUUGUAGGUUGUUCAAAGUCACGCCGUUCCAUUUCCACCUUGUCAUGUGGCAGAUUCUUCUUCAGCGUCACCUCAAUAUGGAGAACAUCUGCAUUGGUCUUGCUGAUAGCAAUCGUACCGACUUCGAUAUCCUGGAAAGUGUUGGCAUGUUUCUCAAUCUUCUUCCUUUGCGUCUUUCCUCGCACUCGUCGCAAUCAUUUGGUGAAGCUCUUAAGGCUGUGAAAAAUGCUUCACAGAAUGCCUUAUCGCACUCCAAGGUUCCAUUUGAUGUGAUCCUAUCUGAACUCAACGUCCCUCGAUCCGCUUCCCACAGCCCAAUGUUUCAAGUUCUCUACAACUACCGCCCUCGUGUAGAGGAAUCCCGGUUUUUCUGCGGUUGCCAGGCAGCCGGCUCAUUGCUGACUACGGGAGAAACUUCGAAUGAUCUGCAACUUGACGUGGUAAAUCUUGGGGAUGGUGACACAAUGAUUCACAUACUCGCGCAAAAAGAUCUCUACGAGCUUGAGCACGCUCAAAUCCUCCUUCGUAGCUACGAACAUCUGAUUCAUGUGUUCAUCCGCAAUCCAGCUACCAAGGUAUCUUGGCCUCCGCUUUUCUCCGAGACCGAUAUGAAUCAAGGUAUUGUGGUUGGAAAAGGACCUGAGAAGCCGACUGAAUGGCCAUUUACGGUGUUGCAUCGCAUUGAAGAGAUGGCCGAUAUCUAUCCCGAGCAAAUCGCCUUGAAGGAGAUGAAUGGCAAUAAGCUCACUUAUAAACGGCUGACAGAGGUGGCUGCCGGUAUAGCCAAUGAACUCCUAGCCAAAGACAUUCAAGUCGGAGAUCGUGUGGGUGUCCUGCAAUCUCCGGGGGUGAAAUUGAUUUGCUCAGUGCUCGCCAUCUGGCGGGUUGGCGCUACCUACGUUCCCUUAGACCGAAAGGCCGGGAUUGAAAGGUUGUCGGUGAUGGUCGCUGAGUCUGAACCAAAGCUCAUUCUUCUGGAUUCCACUACUUUGACAGAAUCAGAACUGCUCAUCUGCUCCGCUCAAGCUGUCAACGUGGACAAUGCUGAUGCAGUCUCGGACAGACUGCCAUCAAUUUCAGCAGAGAGCAGUCAAAUUGCAGUUAUCGUCUUUACGAGUGGUUCAACCGGUACACCAAAGGGCAUCCGCCUUACGCACUCAGCUCAUGUCAAUCAGAUAGAAGGAUCGACCCGAGUUUGCAAUCUCGCAACAGCGAAAGAGACUGUGCUUCAUCAGUCAUCGUACGCAUGGGACAUGUCGAUAUACCAAAUACUAACAGGUUUGUGCAAUGCUGCUACGCUCGUGAUUGCACCAUUGGCCGCGCGCGGAGAUCCAGUCGCGAUCACAGAAAUAAUUGCUGCUGAAAAUGUGACCGUAACUCUCGCCACACCUACAGAGUAUCUCGCGUGGUUCCGACACGGGAGAGAAGCUUUGAAGCGCUCCAAUAUGAAGAUUUUACUCUCUGGUGGAGAACCAUUGACUGCGCGUCUUCUAGACGAGUUCAAGUCUGUUUGUCAACCAACGGCAAGACUGAUCAACGCUUACGGCCCGGCGGAAGUCACACUCGCUUGCAGCGUGGAAGAGGUUCCUCGUGCGCAACUCGACUCGCACUUACUCGAGUCUGCUUCUGGAAUUCUAACACUCCAGAAUUAUUCCGUUUACAUUGUUGAUGAGAAGAUGCAGCCCUUGCCAAUUGGCCUGCCAGGAGAAGUUGUCGUUGGAGGAGCAGGCGUUGCGGAGGGAUAUCUUGAUACAAGUCUCGACAGCGACACUUUCUUACAAGACCGGUUUGCAACUUCGUUCUUCAAAAGUCAAGGAUGGACCAGGGCUUAUAGGACGGGAGACCGAGGUAGACUUACUCAUGACGGACGACUUAUUAUACUGGGCCGCAUCAAAGGAGACAACCAACUGAAGAUUGGGGGAAUUCGCAUCAACGUUGAGGAGAUUGAAUCAGCCAUCAUUCGCAGCUCAGGGGGUAGGAUAUUGCAAGCUGUGGUGUCCCCCAGGACGAGUGAAAGCGACGGAAAUCGGUUCCUCGUUGCUUUUGUUGUUCUAUCCGACGCCGAGGCUGCCAGCGCCUCUUCGCAAUUCCUGCAAGAACUCAAAGCCGACCUUCCAUUACCACACUUUAUGCGACCAGCCAUAUUUGUCCCUUUGCCUUCUUUGCCGCAAAAUCUGUCUGGAAAGGUCGAUCGCCUCGCCUUGAACCAAGUUCCCAUCUCGCAGCUUGUUGAUGAGGCCAGCAGUAACGUUGGUCUAACUGCGAUGGAGCAAGAGCUGCGAAGUCUAUGGCAAGAGGCCAUCCCUCAUGACAUUGCAAGGUUGCAUGCCAUCGACUCAGGCUCCGACUUUUUCCACGUGGGUGGCAGUUCGCUUACUCUAGUUGAUCUUCAGGCCCUGAUUAAAGAUCGACUGGGGGUCUCGGUGCCAUUGCAAGAACUAUUCGCAGCCAGCACCCUGCGUGAAAUGGUCACACGGAUCGAAAAUGUCUCUCACAUCAAGGAUCACUCGUCAAUCGACUGGAAGACCGAAAUUGAAGAUCUUCUCGCUGGGCUGUCACCGAGUCAGGAGACCAACACAGCCGACGGACCUCUCGGCGUUAGCACCGUUGUCCUCACUGGAUCGACCGGAUUCAUCGGAAAAGAAAUCCUCCGUCAGCUCAUGAAAGACGACGAAAUUCAUAAAAUUUACUGUCUAGCUGUGAGAAAGCCGCUCGCCAAACUACCUGCACUCUUUGCGCAUCCCAAGAUUCAUGUGUACCAUGGUGACCUUGGGUCCCCAAGCCUGGGACUAUCAGAGAAGGACGCAGAUUCGAUCUUCCAGACCACCGACAUCGUGAUUCACAACGGUGCAGACGUCUCAUUCAUGAAAACAUACCAAUCACUCAAAUUGACAAACGUGCAUUCGACCGCAGAGCUCGUCAAACUCUCCCUACCGCGCCGCAUCCCUUUCCACUUCAUUUCAUCCGCGAGUGUGACUCGAUUUUCCAGCAUGGCUUCGUUUGGCGAAUACUCCGUGGCAGCUUUCCCGCCUCCUUCAAUUCCUCGAGAUGGCUAUGCCACGGCAAAGUGGGUCUGUGAAGUAUACCUCGAGCGUGUAAAUGAAUCCCACAAACUCCCUGUCUGGAUCCACCGUCCAUCGAGCGUGAUGGGUUCCGAUGCCCCCGAGCUAGACCUCAUGAGCAAUGUCCUACACUACUGCAAGGCAACUCAAAAGAUUCCGGCUUCUCAAGCAUGGAAUGGCGUCUUCGAUUUCAUCCCUGUCGAGAAGGCUGCGGCGCAGAUCAUCCGCACAGUUCACGAGUCCACUGAUCAGUCUGGGAUUGAAACACCCCAUUUUGUCUACGAGUCUGGUGAAGUUCAGGUUGGUCGGGAUGAGGUUCAAGCCAUGAUGGAAACAGGGUCUGGGCAGAAGUUUGAAACAGUUCCGAUGGUGGAUUGGAUCAAUGCUGCUGAAACGGCAGGUAUGAGUCCACUCUUGGGAGUAUAUCUGCGGCAGGCUGCGGAUGGGCAGAUUUUGCUUCCGCGACUGGUCAAGACCUCAGCUUCUGCGGCUGUUUGA